CGUCCUCCCACUGUGCACGGUUCACUUCACGUUGAGCAGUCGGAAACACGCUUCUUACGGUAGCCUAUUUAUUGUCUGAGAGGAAGUGUGCCAGCAUUCAGUGGGACAUUAAUUCAUUUUUUUCUUAGUUUACUCAAUUGCCUGUUUUCCACCGGAACCGUCACAAUGUCGAAUGCGAAUUGGAAACCAUUCAUCUUCGGAGGAUUAGCCUCGGUUACGGCUGAAUGUGGCACCUUUCCAAUUGACGUGACCAAAACCCGGCUUCAAGUCCAGGGGCAAGUCUGCGAUAGCAAAUACAAAGAGAUACGCUACCGGGGAAUGCUGCACGCGAUGGGCCGAAUAUGCAAGGAGGAAGGUCUUCGAGCUAUGUAUUCUGGAAUUUCACCAGCAAUGCUACGACAAGCCUCCUACGGGACGAUUAAGAUUGGCACAUACCAGAGUUUCAAAAGGUUGCUGGUGGACAGUCCAGACGAUGAGACACUGCUGACUAAUGUGGUGUGUGGAGUCUUCUCGGGUGUCAUCUCAUCCUCCAUUGCUAACCCCACUGACGUCCUGAAGAUCCGGAUGCAGGCUCAGGGAAAUCUCAUUCAGGGAAGCAUGAUUGGAAACUUCAUUAACAUCUAUCAGCAGGAGGGAACAAGGGGCUUGUGGAGGGGGGUGUCCCUUACUGCCCAGAGAGCUGCCAUCGUGGUAGGCGUCGAGCUUCCCGUCUAUGACCUCACCAAGAAGCACCUGAUUCUCUCUGGCCACAUGGGGGACACUGUGUACACCCACUUCCUGUCCAGUUUUGCGUGCGGCCUGGCAGGAGCGCUGGCGUCCAACCCCAUCGACGUGGUGCGCACCCGCAUGAUGAACCAGCGGGUGGUGCUGGAUGGCACAUGUGGAGGGUACAAGGGCACACUGGACUGCCUGCUGCAGACGUGGAGAUCAGAAGGGUUCCUGGCUCUCUACAAGGGCUUCUUUCCAAACUGGCUGCGACUGGGACCAUGGAACAUCAUUUUCUUCCUCACCUACGAGCAGCUGAAAAAGAUUGACGUGUAAGACACUUCAUCACCAUGAGGAAGAGGAGAGGGAGAAGUAGAAGAGAGUGGCACGGCAAUGCCUCGCCAAACCGUACCGAGCGUAGAACCCGGGAUGGAGUGGAUUGACCAAGGUAGCCAAAUGCCAUCUCAUGCCAGUCGGGCCCCACCUGUCUGCCCACCCUGCCAACCAUAGCUGUCAGAAGUGUCGCCUUCCUUCCCCUUAUGCUACCCAGGCUAAGGGGCAUAUACCUCGUCACAGUGCUCCCCCACACAUGGCUGCUUGCGCCAGCAUAGCUGGCGUGCUGCUCUACAUACACCAGGCUUCCGUGUCUACUCCACACCGUCUACAUCUGUCUGCUUAUUAAGGCCGUGGUAGAACCCGAACCUCCAGAGAAGUUUAUUUCUGGAUGCGGCUUUGCUCCGCCGCGGCAGCAGUGUUUGAUUGGCGGCUUUCGAGGGAGUGACGCGCCGGUCUCGCUGGGGUCUGUGUGGUUGUCAGGUGACGCCUGAUAAGAGCUGGAGAUAAGGACAGAAUAUAUGGAAUGUGUACAAACACACAGGGAAUUUUUAUUGUGCUCUGUUAUGGAACAGAGAAUGUGUUGACGUGUUGACAAAGUCUAGUCAGCUAGAUUAUUUUGUCACCCCCACACACCCACACACACACACACUCCCCAAACUAAUUUUGGAAUGAAAUUAGAGUGACCCUCAUCGGAUGCCCUAUAAAGAAGGGGCUACACUCUUUUAUUUAAAUCUCAAAGAUAAAAAAAUAAUAAUCAUAAUUUGCCACUUUCUGAAAGGACCAAAGCAUAAGUGUUUUUGUUUUUGUUAGUUGUGAUUUUUAAGUGUCACAUUGUUAACUUAUCUAGCAGUUUUCAUCACAGAGUACAUACUCGAUUUAAUUUCUUCAGACAUUUUAAAUCCCAAUCCUUCAAUUCAUCCAAAUUAUCUGCCACAUGUCUAGAGGGUCCAGACGUGAAUGUCAAUGUGCCUUGCUCUUUUCUUUUAGAUGAGUUUCACACUCUUUGACCCCUCUGUACCGCAUUUCAGCCAAUUCAUUUUAGUCUUCUGGUGCACUAGUUUAAUGUUACGUCCUCAUUGUAAACUUUUAAAAAAAUAAUUGUAGGGAGAUCAUAAGAAGGUCACCUGAGGAGCACUAUGAAAUAGUCCAACAACAUUUUCUUAUUGUCUAACAAAGAUUUGGUCAUGAAAUGCUGACCUUAGGACGAGAGACUACUGUAAACUGGCUGUAUGCAAUUGAACCUGGAGCACUUGACACUUUUUUUUUUUUUUUUUUUCUCUCUGAUACGGACCAUUCUGUUUUGCUGUUGACAAUGAUUUCACAUGUUUUGGUGGGUGUGUCUUGUAACUAGGUGUGUGUGUGCGCUAGCCUCUCAAAAGAACUAUGUGUGCUGCAGCAUGCCCUACUGAAGAGCUGGAGGUGUUUUGUUUCAAGUAGUGUUAUAUCACCACCAGCUAGAUAGAAGGGCAGAAAUCUACUAGGCCCGCUGGGCCACCCCUAUAACCUACAACUACAUGGCUCAAAUGUCCCAGGGUCUUGGGUACAUCCUGUCCAGGGCCAUCCUAUUUAGUGAAGGUGAGCUGCAGUCAUGAGACAAGAGUAUUACUGUGCAACGACCAUUUAAAAGAUGACCAAAGCUGUGGAAAGUAUUCCUGGGUGUAAACACAUUUAGAAAGAUUUGGGAAUAUGAAUCUGUGUGCUUGUAUCAUGACAAGUUGAAAUAUCAUUCUGAAUAAAUUAUUGCUGUUAACCAUA